CAUGGAGGUCACAGCGCUCUGCAUCGGACUGAUGGUGACUAUACUGUUGCUGCUCACUGAUCAAGGUCAGAACAGCCACAAUGUUCAGAGAGCUGAUGCAGCGAUUCUUCACAUUAGUCCAAACAGACUGCAGUUCUUUGAAUAUGAAUCCAUCUCAUUAAACUGCGUAGGAAUUCACAGCUCAUCAGAAUGGAGAGUGAUGACAAAGACUUCCUCAAAUGUUACUCAACGGGAGACAUCACCUGGAUUCUUAAACAUUACACCUGCCUAUGCAACAUGCAGUGGAGAAUACUGGUGUGAAAAUGGAGAGGGAGAAAGAAGCAACACUGUCAACAUUGCUGUCACUGCUGGUGAUGUGAUCCUGGAGAGUCCCGCUCUCCCUGUGAUGGAAGGACAAAGAGUCACUCUGCGCUGUAGAAAAAAGGCAACAACCUCCAACUCUCCAGCUGAUUUCUAUAAAGAUGGUUGUGUCAGUGAUACUGGAUAUACAGGCGAGAUGACCUUUCAAAAUGUCUCCAUGUCCAGUGAAGGACUCUACAAGUGCAAAAUCUCUGGAGCUGGAGAAUCACCAGAGAGCUGGCUGGCUGUCAGAGCAUAUAUUGCUCCCACACACACAACAUCUCAAGAGGAUCAAGAGACUCCUCCUCAUCGUCCCCACUCCGGCUCCAUUCAACUCUCCAUCCUGUUACCGGCUGUCCUCACCAUUUUGUGCGUGGCUGUGCUGCUGACGGCUGUGGGACUGCUUCAGUGUCGGAAACGCAGAGUGUCGUGCUUUUCCUCUGAGAUGCCAACAACAGAAUCAGACCCAGUGUAUGAAAAUGCCAACGCAGCUGAUCCACAAACAGUGACAUACGCCAGUGUCACAAAACACAAGAAGAACAGUACUGGCCAUCGAGAGGCAAAUACUGUGAACCGCAUGAAGGAUGUGACAUAUGCUGUUGUCACACCAAAGAGGAAUGAGAGAGUUUCUGGAGAGGCAAAUGCAGCUGAAGCAAACAGAGCAACAUAUGCAGCUGUCAGAAAACAACGUCACUGAGAGCAGAAACACCACCUAAAGGAUGGAGGACAGACUGUCUUUGUUAAAUCUUUGUUAAAUAGGCUCACUAGAUAGAGAGGACCAUGCGACUGGACUUAUUGUAUGAAUUUUCAAUGUUAUCUAAUUCACAGUGUUCUUAGUCAUGAAUACAGUCAUGAAGCUUGAGAUGGUCAUUCGCCUUUACCUGAGAGCUUCAGCUCACUGACAGUCUCAGAGUCUAUUUUUAUGAGGUAGCUGUUCAGUGUAGUGUAGCCGUAAAACCACAUUAUUUUAUCUGCUCUGCCUGUUCACACGUCUGAGGACUAUGCUUUCAAGUACAAAACUGCUGCAGCUUUUAAAUAGACUCUGUGUGGUCAACUGCUGACACAAGAUCAAGCUGAUGAGUUUGCACACAAACUUCAGGGUUCCCACUCACCCAGUAAAAACUUUCCUGCUCCUUAUAUUGAGCUGUUACAUGCAAGCUUUCUAACUGACACCGUCCAGUGAUGUAUCAAUCCAAUGCCACCAGUGCCAUCC